AUGUCUAAUGUCUGCAAAGCAAUUUGCGACGAACCUUUGGGAAUGGAAAGCAAGAAAAUCAACGACAACCAAAUAACUGCAUUAAGUGCUUUCAACGAUGACUUCGCCAAAUAUGGACCUCAGCGAGCUCGACUCAAUCUGGCGUCUUGGCCCCCCGGAUAUAGAGCUCAUCCAAGAGACGCACGGAAUUGCUGGAUUAAGGUUAAUCUCACAAACGAGAAAAUCAUUACGGGAUUGGCCACCCAAGGAUAUGGAGCUAAGUAUUCUACAGAGUGGAUAACAAGUUAUAUCGUCCUGUACAAAUCUAAAACGGGCGAAAUGCUGCCAUUUAAAACCUUACAAGGAAACACAAAGAAUUUUACUGGAAACAGAGACAGUACUUCUAUCAAACGUCACGACAUUCCUUUCCCUACUGCGACGUCAGCGAUUAUGAUCAUAGCACAAACGUGGAGUAGCAACGUUGGUUUGCGACUGGAGUUAUAUGGCUGUGAACCAGGAUACUAUUUUGUUGUCUGGCGAAUGUUUGACAGGCGGUAUUUUACUCCAAGUUACGCGACCUCGACCAGCAAUGAAUAUGUUACCGCUAAGGAAGAAACCCUAAAAGAGAUCAAAGAUCAUCUCCAAGUGAUUCCAGGAUUUUUGUCAGUUGAUUUCGUGGCUUUCACUCCACAUAGAUCUUGGCUAAGAGAAACAGUACUCACGGCUGAAGCAAAAAUAUUUUGUUUGAAAUCGAGCAGAGAAAACCUGGAGGCAAAGCUGAACAUGGACAUUAAAAAUGGCAAAGCAGUGUUUCGAUUUCCAAUACAAUGCAAUUGUUCCUAUCCAGAAGUGAAAAUAUCUUUAAAUAAGACGCUUACUAGUGCAAAGGUGCUGUACACGACUCAAAAUAUUACUAUUCACGCAACAACAAAACGUGGAAAUUGCCACAAGUCCCUAUCUUUCCGGUGGGAGAUUGCUAAAGCAAGUGAUCACCUUGGUGAGUUUGGAAUGCUUAUUUCGCGAGGCGAUAUAUUUGAAAGCAAAAAAGGAAUUCUGAAGCUGAGAGGCAGUGAGUUCGGAGAGGGUUUUCUUUACAUCAGAUGUGCUGCAUUCAUUAGAGAUUUGGCAGGUGAACUUGUAUUGGAGACCUAUGACUAUGGGUAUGUUCGUUUACUUAAUCCGCCUCUGAUUGCGCUCAUUACUGGUGCUACUUCUGCCAUAAAAGGAAAUGGAAGUGUCGUGUUGGAUGCGUCCAACUCUUAUGAUCCUCUUAGUAUACAGAACAACAGUAACGGAUUGAUUUUCAGUUGGUUUUGUCGAAAAAUGGACGGGAAGCUCACGAAAGCGAACACGAGGAGUUGCAAUGGUCGAUACUCAAAGUCACCUUACAGUACUGGCUCCGUUUUCAGUGUGGAUGUCGAUUACAUGGACGCUAAUUAUACUUACGUGUUUGAAUUAGUUGUCACGAAGGAUCGGAGAGUAACGCGGGCAUUCCACAAUCUGACUGUUACACCACCCUAUAUAAUUUCCUUGAUAUGUGUAAUUAACUGCGGUCGGAAAGUGAGCACAAAAAGGCGACUGAUUGUUGAGGCUACAUGCAAUGGUCCGUACUGCAUCCAGGAAGUGAGCUACCGCUGGACAUUGUAUCACCUCUCGCCAUCGGAAACUGGUACCACUUGGCUUAAAGUCCCUAAAUUUCGGCAAUAUGUGCUCACUGAUCUAGACAGCAGUAAUAUCGUCUUUUCUGGCUCAAAGAACCCGCUGAAACAAAACAUGAAGUACAAAAUCGUGGCUUCUGUUCGUUUUCGUCACCGAAUGAUGGAGAAAGGUGAAAUGGUUUUCAUCACAGAUACGCCGCCACAUCACCCUGAUGGUGAGCUGGGAUGUCAGACAUAUCCUAGGGUGGGCAUUGUCCUUAAAACAGAUUUCAAUAUCACCUGUUCUGGAUGGCAGGACGAGGAUCUUCCACUAACCUACCAGCUAAGUUUUCAAUCAAUUGAGGGCAUUGUCAUAAUUGCCAGAAGGAAUAUUUCAAAUUUCACAACUAAGCUGCCUCAAGGGAACCAAACCGAAAAUUUCGAGGUUAAACUGGAGGUACAGAUAUUUGAUUCCUUUGGCGAUGCUGCAACUGUUGAACUGACAGUUCAGGUGAAGCCACUAAGUGAUACAGAGGUCAUCACUGAAGUUGAUAAGGCUAUUCGUGGACCAAACAGUACAACUGCUGAGUUAAUUACAUCUGGAAACCAACAAAAGGCUGCACUGACAUCUUACUUCACUCUUACAGCCACUGAGGGGACAGGAAUCUCUCUUGAGGAAAAAGACUCGGCAAAGGAUGAAGUCUUGAGACACUUGGCUGAAGUUAAGCCUCGAUUACUCGAAGAAGUCACUCAACUUUCGGCAGUGGUUAUCAAAGCAACUCGACAAAGAGAACAUAUGAAAGCCACCUCAUUGGUCGUCCCAAUCAUGUUAGGAAUACGUUCCUUAAAUGAACCAAUUAAAGAGUUUGGUAACCCAAAGAUAGGACAUCAUGUGGAAAAGUUAUGA